AUUUCGAAUUAUUUAAAUUAAUUGAGUUUGCAGUCGAAGCUCAGUCGAUUUGUGUUUAACAAAAUGGAUUGAUUUUUACACUCGUAUCAGUGUCUAAUUUUGUUUUCGAUCGUUAACCACACGAAAUGUAUUACUUUCUGUAAAGUUAGUCAUAAAAAGUGCCCCCAUGUCCGUUAGUGCGUGGCUGAAGUCAGUGGCGGUGCGUCGGGUGCCCAUUCUGGGGUGGGCGCCCCAGUACACCACUGACAAGUUGGUGAGCGACGCCAUCGCCGGGAUCACAGUUGGCUUGACUGUCAUGCCACAGGCCUUGGCGUAUGCCACUCUGGCCGGAUUGGAGCCACAAUACGGGUUGUAUUCGGCGUUUGUCGGUUGUUUUGUUUACACGAUUUUUGGCACUUGUAAGGAUAUAACGAUAGGGCCGACGGCCCUUAUGGCCCUCAUGACGUACCAGCAGAUUAUUGGGCGUAAUACUGACUACGCGAUUCUGCUUUGUUUUUUGUGUGGGGUUGUGCAACUCGUCAUGGCCAUCUUACAUUUAGGUGUUCUCGUCGAUUUUAUCUCUAUACCGGUGACAGUCGGUUUUACGUCAGCUACGUCUGUGAUAAUCAUGACAUCUCAAAUUAAAAGUUUGUUAGGUUUGAAAAUUUCAUCGUCUGGGUUUUUAGACACAAUUACCAAAGUUGUCAAAAAUAUACAUCAUACCAGAAUGGCGGAUUUGACAUUAGGAAUGGUCUGCAUCGCCGUCUUGAUGCUUCUCAGGAAACUCAAAGAUUACAAGCCCUCUAAAAAACAACGCACAUUAUCUAAGGCCCUUUGGUUGAUAUCAACAUCACGUAACGCCCUUGUGGUCAUCGUGUGCUCUACAGUGGCGUACUUUUACGAAAUCCGGGGUCCGGGAUCUCCGUUUCGCUUAACCGGAACGGUGCGGCCCGGACUCCCGGAUUUCCGGGCGCCACCUUUUGGCACAACUUUGCAUAAUCGCACCGUUGGCUUCGGCGAAAUGGUCGCCGAUUUGGGGACUUCGGUGAUUUUGGUGCCCAUUAUUGCCGUCCUGGGCAACGUUGCCAUAGCAAAGGCCUUCGCCAGUGGCCAAAUGAUCGACGCGACUCAAGAACUGAUGACCUUGUCGAUGUGUAACGUUUUCGGAUCGUUUUUUUCAUCGAUGCCGAUUACGGGGUCAUUCUCAAGGUCAGCGGUGAAUCACGCCAGUGGCGUACGCACCCCUUUGGGAGGGGUGUACACCGGGAUUAUGGUCCUACUAGCCUUGGGUUUCCUAACCCCUUAUUUCGCCUACAUACCAAAGGCGUCUUUGGCGGCUGUGAUAAUCAGCGCUGUCAUUUUUAUGAUCGAAUAUGAGGUGGUUAAACCCAUGUGGAGGAGCAGUAAAAAGGAUCUAGUGGCCACUUGUGCCACGUUCGUCUUUUGUUUAGCCAUAGGCGUCGAAUAUGGGAUUCUAGUGGGCGUGGGGAUUAAUAUUAUUUUCCUGUUGUAUCCCUCGGCACGGCCUACUGUGCACGUGGACAAAGUCAAAACGCGUAAUAACGCACUUGAGUACAUUAUGAUAACUCCAGGGAACAGUCUUUAUUUCCCGGCUGUUGAUUUUAUUAAGACUAGUAUCGGAAAUGCUGGGAUUAGUUCCAAACAUUUACCGGUGGUCAUUGACUGUCGCUUUAUACUAGGGGCUGAUUUUACCGCAGCUAAGGGAAUUUCAGCCUUAAUUAACGAAUUUUUAAUCCGACGACAACCGCUCUAUUUUUUGCACACAAGACAGGAAGUUGUCUCGCUCUUUCGGGGCGUUUUUGACAACGAAUUCAAGUAUUUUACGACACGUGAAGAACUGGAAUCGGUUUUAGAAGAUAACAAACGUAAAGAAAUAGACAGUGAGGAAACCCAUUUAUUAAAUAACCACAACCAGUGGCGGCACAGUAUGGUGGAACUGAACGAAAUUUCCUGCGAAGACUCGAAUAUUUGCCAGCGGAAAGUACCGAAUAAAUCAUGACUCCAAGUUGGCAGUACUGUCACGCCAGUAGUACCAACUUAAUUUACAAACCGUGGUCACUGCCCAGCAUCCGUGGCAUUUCUAUUUAUACGUGUAAAUAAAUAAGACAGCAAGAACCAAAUAAAACUCAUUUAUCUUAACUAAA